AUGGCGGGUAAUACAGAUAUCCGAUUGACUUUCCAGGAGACAGAUGAAGCAGACAAGCCGACUGCGACAUAUGUAUUCUCUGACCAAGAUGCCCGAUCGAAAGCACCCCCUGUGCGGGUGGAUGUAAUGCAAAAUGAACCCACGACUAUGUUGUCCACCAAGCCGCUUCUUUCUACCUUAAGUGAUAUCUUCUUGCCAUCGGGAUACCCACAGAGCGUGAGCGAUGACUAUCUACCAUACCAAAUCUUCGACUCACUGCAAGCAUUCUGCAGCUCAAUCGCCGGUCUUCUUUCCUCAAGAGCCGUGCUCCAAGGAGUCGGAGUUGGCGACGCUGAUGCUUCACCCACAUCUGCUCUACUCCUACACAUCUUACAAGAUACAUCUGGUCGCAUCGCAACAAUCCUCUUCGCGCACCGAGUAGGUACAGCCCUCGAGCCAGAAUGCAAGACAUACCGACUAGCAGCCGAUGUAUUCAACGAUAUUGCCAUGAUACUCGACUGUCUUUCUCCUAUGGUUCCAGCUGGAGUCAUGCGAGUUAGUGUUCUCAGCACGGCAGGUAUCCUACGAGCUCUUUGUGGUGUUGCAGGUGGAAGUUCAAAAGCGAGUUUGAGUGCUCAUUUUGCUCGCUGGGGGAAUUUGGCUGAACUUAAUGCUAAAGAUUCCUCUCAAGAGACUAUCAUCUCACUCCUAGGCAUGCUCGUCGGCUCCGUCGUUGUCUCCCAUAUCACAGGCUUCAAAACCACAUGGGCACUCCUUCUCACCCUCUUGGCAGCGCAUUUAGCACUAAACUACACUGCUGUCCGCGCCGUACAAAUGACAAGUAUAAACCGACAACGCGCAAACAUAAUCUUCUCAACCAUGCUCAAUUCCUCGGAAAAGGAUUGCAAAAUUCCAGCCCCCGCAGAAGUGGCAUACCAAGAACGAAUCUUCCAUCGAGACGGUGCACUCGAAUGGACUUCUAAAUCGCGUCGUAAGAAAAUCGGCACCGCGGAAAUAGGAGUCUCCGUAUCUCGAUUCCUGAAGAACGCAUCUCGAACUACAAGCGGAUCGUAUCAAACCUCUAUCCCGAUGAAAGAUCUACACGCCAUCUUCAAAAAUGAGGAAUACAUUCUCUUUCUUUUCCCACGGGGAAAUGGUAGUUACACGAGUUCCAAAUGCCAGUGGCAUGCAUCGAUUAUUCUGAAGAAGGGAUGUCCAGUUCAAUCACAGUUAAAAGCAUGGACGCAUGCACUUCUAGCUGUGCGUGUAUUAACGGGAUCGUACAAGCACCCUGAAUUUAAGGAUCUUCCCCGUGAUGAUGCGGGUGAAGCGUAUGAUUCUGUUUCUGGGGUUGUGCAGCAGACACUGGAAUUCAUGAAUCAUGGAAAUCGAAUGCAAGGAUACUUAGAGCGAUUGGCGGCGAGUGGGUGGGAGGUUGAUAUUGCCGCGUUGGAGACUGGAGGAAGGCGGCGGAUUACUUCUCCGAUUUAG